AUGGAUAGGGAUCUAUUGAUAUUGAUAAUAGGAAUAGGCAUAGGCUUCGUAAUUGGAGCUGGUUUGGGAUUUUUAAUUUUAGUCCUCUUCAUGUGUGGGAGGAAGUUUGUAGAGGGGGAAAAGAGCAGUCCUCAGAGGACCGAGGCCAUUACUGGUCAUGUCAAAAGGGUUGAUUCAAGCGUAUCAUUAUCAGACUCCAAUGCAGCUUUGGAGUCGCCAAGAACAUCGGAAUGGAGUAACGCAAAUUUUUGGUUAGAAGGACUUAGGAGGAAGAGUUCAGUCUCAGCAUUUGGAAUUCCUAAGUAUUCUUACAAAGAAAUAGAAAAGGCUACUUCUAAUUUCACAACGAUCAUAGGCCAUGGAGCAUUUGGUUCUGUUUACAAAGCACAAAUGCCUACAGGUGAGACGGUUGCAGUUAAAGUUCUUGGUGCUAAUUCAAGACAAGGAGAACAAGAAUUUUUAACUGAGGUUCUAUUACUUGGAAGAUUACAUCACAAAAACCUUGUGGCUUUGGUGGGAUAUGCUGCGGAAAGAGGACGACAUAUGCUCCUUUACAUUUACAUGAGCAAUGGAAGUCUUGCUUCUCAUUUAUAUGGAAAAGAUCAAGAGCCAUUAACCUGGGAUUUGAGACUUAGCAUAGCACUAGAUGUUGCAAGGGUGCUGGAAUAUCUACAUUAUGGGGCUGAUCCACCUAUUGUUCACCGUGACAUCAAGUCUUCCAACAUUCUAUUGGAUGAGUUUAUGAAAGCCAAGGUCACUGACUUUGGGCUUUCGAGACCAGAGAUGAUUAAACCGCGUACGUCCAAUAUCAGAGGAACUUUUGGAUAUCUUGAUCCUGAGUAUAUAUCUACAAGUACGUUCACUAAGAAAAGCGAUGUAUAUAGUUUUGGUGUGCUACUUUUCGAGCUUAUUACUGGAAGGAAUCCACAGCAGGGGCUCAUGGAAUACGUGAAACUAGCUGCCAUGGAAAGUGAGGGCAAGAUUGGAUGGGAAGAAAUUGUGGAUCCGCAACUGAAUGGAAACUACGAUGUAAACAAGCUGAAUGAUAUGGCUUCACUUGCACUCAAAUGUGUCAGUGGAGUUUCCAAAACUAGACCUUCAAUGAGGACCGCUGUUCAAGCAUUAUCUAAGCUUUAUAAGAAGCCUAAAAGAACUCCUAGCCGGGCAUCUUCUACUGCAUUAAGCGAAGUGUCUGUCGAAGUGGAACAGCCAGGAACUCGUGACUUUUCAUCUAUUGAGCGUUCAGAGGAGCUGCGCAGAUUGCACAGCCGAUAA